AUGGAAGUGCUGUUACACAGUUAUCUGCUUAUAGGGGCGGACCCCGCGGUUCUCAAUGGCAAAGUUUUUGAGGAAUACGAUUCAAGGGAACUGGCUUUUGCACAUAAUAUUUUGACAGGACACCCAUAUAAAGUGGUAGAGAGCCUUUUGGGAUCUCUUGAAGUUUCUCCAACGAUGAACGAUGACUUGACAGAGGAGCGAUUGCUUCAUUCUCUCAGGGACUUUCUAUCUAGCCAUUUUAAUAGUCGGUUUGGCUUGCUGUUCGCCAUUGCUUUAUUACAGACUUUCAUUCAGAACAAUUUCACUGGACCUUUGGCACCUAUCGAUUUGAACAAGCUUCUUUUUAAAGAUCAAAUUUUGUCCAAAGAUCUGGGGAAAUUAGCAAUUUCGUUGUUGAACGCGGGAGGCCAACCAGCUUAUGAUCUUACGGAGAACCCUCUCUACUUAAUACUUCCGUUGUUACUGCUUGAACUUCUAACAAAGCAGCAGAGUUGUUUUGCCGUUGACUCUGACACAGAAUUCGAAGUUCCCGAGGUCUCGGCGACUUCCACGCCAGGCUUGCUAGCUAUCUCGCAUUGGUGGAGAGCAAGAGCUCUGUUGGCUCAAGUUUCACUUUUACAUGAACCGGCUGGGAGUCAACCAGCCGUUGCGUCCUCGAUAUUGAGUUCGAUUGAUCUCGCCCAAGCGGUGACAAAAGAUCUCCCACAGGAGACUUCGCAGGAUUUGAAAGCUAGUCUCUACACAAUUUUCUACUUGGAGAAUGUUAAAUGCUCUUUAGCUAUCAACACCGAGCACUUAUGCCUACCUUCCUUAAUUAAAGCAAAGAAAUUGACGAAUUUCAGUCUCAUCAUGACUGGUGCUCGUGCCAAGAGAACCAAGUUUCAACAGAAAGCGCAUGCUGGAUUGGUCAUCUUAGCACAAUCGUCGUCAAACUUAGAUGCCAGCAAAGAUUUAAAGGACUCCGCAAAUCCCGAUUACAUUGCAUUAGAGUCUGAAAUCUUAUUGGAAAAACCUCACUUCGAAGAUAUCGCUGCAGAACCACUAGAUGAGCAGAUUGUGAAGAAGCAAAAAGUGGUUGAUGGCACUGGUGUGGAAGAGGAUAGAAUUCUUCCAGUCGCCAUAAGACAGGAAAAUAUCCCAACCGAACUUAAAGAUCUGGAUCCCAACAAUCAACCACAGCUUUCGGGAUAUGAUAAUGUCCAAUUAUUACUGCGGUUAUAUGUUAUUAGACAAACUUCUCCAGCAAAAGACCCUCUUGUUGAAGAAGAGUUAGCUGCGAUCAUUUCAAGAGUGAUAUAUCAACAAGGGUCGAAGGAUUGGACAAUUUUCUCAAGGGCACUAUGGGAAAGAUCCAUCGGGGAGACGACUAAGGCAAAAACCAUUGAACGUGGUUUGCUUCAAAUGCAAUCACUAGUGGAAGAGUUAGGAAUCAAGCUUCAGACAAGACUAAUACCGAAUGCGCCGAACGAUGAACAAUCUACAAGAUUAAGGUAUAUUCAUCAAUUACCGUUUAUUCCCCACUGGGAUUUAGAAGCCACUCUGGCUGAAAAAUACAUGUCUCUUGGUGUUCUAAAAUCAGCUGUGGAAAUUUAUGAGAGGCUCCAUAUGGCUUGUGAAGCUGCCCUCUGUUACGCAGCGGUCGGCGAAGAGAAAAUUGCUGAAGAGAUAAUUCUCCAGAGGAUUGCUAAUAAUCCAAAGGAUGCCAGAGCAUAUUCUAUUCUUGGAGAUAUAAGACAAGAUCCUCAACUGUGGAAAAAGAGUUGGGAAAUUGGUAAGUAUGUUAAUGCCAAAAAUUCACUGGGAAGAUACUUUUACAAUCCGCCUCCCUCAUCUGGUUUAACAAGAGACUAUGCUGCAGCUCUAACACAUCUGAACGACUCCUUGAGGCAGUAUCCAUUGAGCUUCGAAACCUGGUACUUUUACGGAUGCGUUGGUCUCGAAUGUGGUAAAUUCGAAUUAGCCGCCGAAGCCUUUUCCAGAUGCGUGGCCUUGGAUUCAACGCAUGCUAUGGCAUGGUCUAAUUUGAGUGCCGCCUUCGUCGAGCAAAACAAGUUGAAAGAAGCUCUAAGUUGUUUGAAAAGAGCCGUGGCAUCGGAUUCUCAAAGUAAUUGGAGGAUAUGGGAAAAUUAUAUGCUUGUCGCAGCCAAAAUGAAUGAGUGGAGCGAUGUUUUACUAGCUUGCAGGCAUUUGGUCAACAUAAAGAGGGACAAGGCUGGAGAGGGCUCAAUUGAUCUUCCUGUUGUCGAAAAGCUAGUGGAGCUAUUAGUUCGUACUGACUACCCUGCAGACAACGAUCAGAAGCUUACUCAUUUCCAGAGAUCUUGCAUUGAGUUUGUCUGUGAUAUUCUUCCCUCAGUUAUAACUACUAGUUCAAGAUGUUGGAGACUGGUCGCUAAAGUUGAACUUUGGAGAAAGAGGCCAUGGUCAGCAUUAGAAUGCCACGAAAAGGCAUACAGAGCCGUGUCACAUAAUCCUGACAUCGAAAUAGAUGAGAAGGUAUGGAACGCAACAGUAGAUGCCUGCGAAGACCUGGUAGCAGCAUAUGAAUCUCUAGGUGAGCUUGAGGGUAGACAUGGACCAGGGUCUCUAGUAUGCAAAGAUUGGAAAUACAAGUCGAGAGCAACAAUUAAAGCUCUCAUGAGCAAAGGUAAAGGAAGAUGGGAUGAUUCAGACGGCUGGGAAAGGCUAGUCGCAGUAAGAAAUCAAAUCUGA